UGGAGGCGUAGUCUCCUAACUUGCAUGUACCACGUGAGCUGGUGUCUCGUUGGAAAUUGAAAUGUUCCAUGGUUUAGCGCUGCCCAGUCGCUAGACAUCCUCUGUCGCGGCAACAUUAGCGUUAGGAAGUUCCCUCUUAAGGACCGUGUUACGUCUGUCUGGCCGCACAAGCGAAUUUCGGUGUCCCCAGCUGCGGAUGUGUUUAAUCUGGAGAAGACACCGUCCGUCGAAGAAAACCAGCGAACGUGCCCGCCGCUUGAGGAAAAAACGCGUCGAUUUGUAGCGUUAAGAGGAGCGACGAAGGAAGAUGGAGAACGCGAAGGAAGAGACGAUAAAUAUGCAAUUGAUCGGCCCCGACAGUCCGUACAAGGUUAACAAUGAAAUCGCCGGAAGUGGCCUGAACGCGUCGGAAGUCCCAAUAUCGCCGGCUGCAGACGCAGAAGACUAUGACCCCCAUAAGCAUCGAAAUAGGCCGAAUCCAACCUCAAAUGCGGAAACGUUGAUCCACUUGUUGAAAGGGAGUCUCGGUACAGGGAUCUUGGCGAUGCCGAACGCGUUCUGCAACAGUGGACUGGUGACUGGUGUGAUAGCGACAGUGAUUAUCGGAGUGUUAUGCACUUAUUGCCUUCACGUAUUGGUGAAGGCUCAGUACAAACUGUGUAAACGGUUAAGAGUUCCUAUAUUGAGUUACCCGAUGAGCAUGAAGUACGCUUUGCAGGAAGGGCCGGAGUGUGUCCGAUGGUUCGCACCUUACGCACCAGGACUCGUAGACGGGUUCAUGAUAGCGUAUCAAUUGGGAAUAUGCUGCGUUUAUAUCGUAUUUGUAGCGUCGAAUAUAAAGCAGGUGGCAGACGAGUACUGGGAACCGUUGGAUGUUAAAACGCACAUGCUCAUUUUAUUGCUACCGUUGAUUUUAAUCAAUUACGUAAGGAAUCUGAAGCUACUGGCGCCGUUCUCCACCCUGGCGAACGCGAUCACAUUCGUCGGCCUUGCCAUGAUCCUAGUCUACAUGUUCGAGGACCUUCCAUCUCCUAGCGAGAGGGAGAUGUUUGGUACCUUGAGGAACUUCGCCCUUUAUUUUGGUACAACGUUGUUCGCGUUAGAAGCUGUGGGCGUGAUCAUCGCGCUGGAAAACAACAUGAAGACUCCACAAUAUUUUGGAGGAUACUGUGGUGUCCUGAACAUCGGAAUGACGGUUAUUGUGGCUCUCUACAUUCUGAUGGGGUUCUUCGGAUAUAUAAAGUAUGGUCCUAAAGCUGGUGGUAGUGUCACCUUCAACCUGCCUCCUGAUCAAAUCAUGGCUCAGAGCAUCAAGAUAAUGUUCGCCAUCGCCAUCUUUAUAACUCACGCCCUCCAAGGAUACGUUCCGGUUGAAAUUAUAUGGUACACUUACCUCGACCACAAAGUGCAAAAGAGAAAACUCUUCUGGGAAUACGUCUGUCGAACGAUCAUAACUCUGUCCACUUUCACGUUGGCGAUCACAGUACCCAGACUGGGCCUCUUCAUCUCCCUCUUCGGCGCUUUAUGUCUCUCCGCGGUGGGCAUCGCAUUUCCAGCGAUCAUCGAGAUCUGCGUGAUCUGGCCAGAGAAAGAAUUCGGUCCCUGUAUGUUCAUGGUGUUGAAGAACAUCUUUCUGAUCGUCUUCGGUCUGGUUGGUCUGGUGGUUGGCACCUACGUCAGCAUCGUCGAUAUCGUCGACUCAUUCAAGUGAAGCAAGAAGAUGAUCAGCAGGUAUCCAUCAUGGAGAGCAAGGAGAGAUGAAACGGAAGAGAGGGAGAGAGGGAGAGAGGGAGAGAGAUGCUCGAUAGGAACACAUGGUUUGCAUAGGGUGUGGGCCGCAGCUUCUCCCAGUUUAGCUUAAAGAGCAGCGCUUUAGGUAGACAGUGCCCCGUAAAUGCAGUGGCACAAUGAUCUUUAGGGAAUGCGAGCAGCCAGAGAGCAUUCGGGACGAACGCUUCGAUCCCGUCACCACCGUUAGCACACUUAGGCCGUUUGUUUUAGAUUCUUAAGACGUAGGUGGGAGUCGCGCGGUGCUGGGCGAGAGGCGUCGAUCUUUAUGAUACUAUCCACGAGUGGGGCUGAAGAUCCUGCAAUUGUAUGGAAGUUUCGGAGUUUAAGAAAUCAAUUGAGUCGAUGACGCCGAACUUCAAAGUUUAGAGAUUAAGAGUCUAGAACGGAAGAAGCCUUUUAGUUGUUAAGUUGUAGUCAAUUAGAGCCAAAGAGAUGCGAGGAUCCCGAGAUCUAUGACUUAGGAAAUUACCAACGAGCAGGUUCAUCAUUUUGACGCCUUAAACUCCCUAGCCAUUUCCAAAUGGAAUAUGAUCAUAAAGCAGCUCCACUCGUGAACAAUAAUUUUAAAAAGAAGAUGCAAUCGUCUAGCAUAUGUUAAAUGAAAGCGAACAAUCGGGCCCAACACUGGGCAACCAACGAUGUUCGAUAAAUGGAAUGAAGAAACGGGAAAAAGCUAUAUGUACAGAAAGUAAAUGAUCGACAAACCUGAAAUCUGUGAUCGAAGAUUUUAUACAGGAAUGAGCGAUGCAUUUCUAUUGAAUUGUUGGACCAGUUGCAGAUGUAUAUGGACGUUAAUUGUUCUCCAACUUCCGGAUCGGAUGUCCGCAAUCGUUCAAAGGGCUAUUCCCUUCGUCUCGGUGACACGAGUACUUACGAGUACUACGUACAGGCGUUGACAGACAGCUGUAGGACUUAAGAUACUUAGGAAAGGAAUUGAUUAUUGUUAAAGCUAAGCUAGGAGAAUUAAGAGAAUCGACACCACAGCUGGCAGUGGAGGCUGAUCCAGUUUCAAUUAAUCUAGAUCUAGAACUACAUUUCCCAAGAGUGGCUCUAUUGAUGACCAAGAUUCGUUACGAAAAUUUAUCUAGGAAAAUGUAGAACAAUGAUAGAAGCUCAGAGAUGUUCCCACAGUCCCAACAUAGAUGUCGAAUUUGAACAACACAAGUUAAUGAAGAUUAAAAAAACUUUGGUUUAGAUAGAUAUGCACCAAGACUAGUCGGCACUGAUUGCUCAACAACCACCAUCUAGGAGAAACUCAAAGCAAGCAAACUCGCAGGACAGUUUCGAAGACGUUCUUGAGCAUCAAAGGGUCCAGAGACAUUCUCCAACGCCUGGUUCCCAUCGGAACCGUGCACCAGGACGCAGGGAAAUCAGGAACUAGAAGAAGAAAGUCUAUGACAGAUGCCAGCAAUACACGUAGUACAUUGUUAUGCCUUAUUUUCUAUCGAGAAGCUUGUACAACGAUUCUUGCUGUCGCAAAAGCAACGCAGGGUAAACCAGACAAAGUUCGAAGUACACGAUGAAAUCGAGAUUUAUCGGUGCUUCGUGUUUUCACUGCCGGGAAAUCGCUCGGAUCAUCGCGCAGGAAAGAGGAGAAGAGGAGAAGCAGAGCUUGAUGAAAUACGUUCGAUGCAUCCAUGAAUGAUCCAUGGCGAUCAAUUUUCACUUUGAACGCAGUUGCCAAUUUUACAAAUCAAUUUGGUUUCAAUGAUUUAAUAUAAAGUCUAGUUUAAUUGUAUCUCCACUUGUAAGUUUGUUGAUGAUUGUCUGAUGAUGAUUAAGACUGGAUUAUUUAUUGGUGCAUCGAGCGUAGAGGGAGGAAAUAACGAUCUCGUCGACGAUCGCUCAGCCAUCUUCCUGUUUUUGCGUUUUCGACGAUCGCACAACCAUCUCCGUGGAUUCUGCCGUCAAUCUUUCCGUUCUCGCUCGAACUACGCACGAAUUUUUUUCGAUUUUCGUAGAAAUUCAAUUCGCAUAAACGUCCACAUUGUCUCCAUUAACGAAACGUUCCUUAAUCUGACAGACAAAAAUUCCUCGGUUGCUUGAUUCGUGUUAUCCGAAUAGAAAAGCAUAAACUCGUUGAAAACUGUGUGUACCAUGUUUCGAAGGGAAUUUCUAUUUUUCAAGUUUCUGCUAUGUUCUACUGUCAAACAGAUGGCUCAUUUAAACGGAACGCAUAAUUAUACGAUAAGAAAAUCAAUGAACUAUGAAAGUAAUGGAACGUGAUCGUUUCAAUUAGAUGCUUAAGGAAACCCGAUGAAUUUCGCAGAAUCUCCGGACCGAAUAUCGAAGAUCGUACUUACGACGAACGGGAAACUUAUUCAAGAUCAGUCGUCGAGUUUUGUACGUUUCUAAGCGAUGUUUCUUACGGGAUCUGCAUUUUUGUGUAUAUGUUUUGAAUUUCAGCUCGUUUUUUUUUGUCAUUAUACCUCUGAUAUAAUAAACUCUCUAUUCUUACCUG